AUGGCUUCAUCCGCACCUAGGACGUACGAGUGGCUGGUAGUCGUACCGGACAAGCCCGGCGUACAGGAGACGAGACUCAAGAUCCGGCCUGACCACUUCAAGGGCAUGACUAAGUUUAUUGAGUCGGGACAGUGGAAGAUGGGAGGUGCCAUCCUGGAAGACAUGCCGGCAGACGAUGAGGUCUCGAGCAUGAAGUUCGCCGGCAGCACCCUGAUCAUCGUUGCUGAGAGCAAGGAGGCUGCCCUGGCUACUAUCAAGGAUGAUGUCUACGUCAAACACGGCGUGUGGGAUAUGGACAAGGUCAUGAUCUGGCCUGCUAAGAUUGCUUUCAGAAACCCGUAG